AAAUUAAAAAAUCUAGAUACAUAUCUGGAGAAAAUGUGGUCAGUUCUUAUGAGCAAAUUACUGAAAAUGAUAGAGAAGAAAAAGAGAGAUCUUCUAACUACAAUAAUUCUUACAUUUCUUCAUUCAGAAAGGAAAUGUUAAGAAUUACUUUUUUGGGAUUUCAGUUCAUAAAAGACUGGACAAAUAAAAGAAGAAAAAAUAUAGGUAUUUAUGAUAGAAAAACUAGUAGCGAAAGAAAGAGUAAAAGUAAUGAAGAUAAUGUAUUUAAAUGUCAAAACUGA